GCCAUGGUGUCGCCGGCGGCGCGGCUGGUGGGGCAGGGCGUGUGGGCGGCGCUGACCGGGGGCUGGUACCACGACCCGGAGCAGGGCGCCUUCACCAACAGCUGCCACCUCUAUCUGUGGCUGUUCCUGCUGACGCUGCCCAUGGCGCUGCACCUGGCAUUUCCAGCAAAUUCAGUGACAGUUUUUGUGUACUGCAGCUCGGUGACAGUUUUCUUCACAGUAAUAAAGGUGAUCAGCUACCGUUUGCACCUUAUGUUUGAUAAAGGCGAAGUAAUUCAACAAAAGCUCUCAAGAAAAAAUGGAAGGCAGUGCAAAGAUACAGAGGUUGAAAAAGAAGAAGUGGCUCAGUCCUCAAAUUGUAGCAAUAACUCGGGCGAUCGUGUCGUCGGUGAGACCAGCCAAAAUGACUCUACCCAGACAAUUCCUGACAGUUCCAGAGCACAGGAUCCACACUUGCAGGACUCCCCUGGAGCCACGGACCUGCCAACACGGGAAACUAUUGAAGACCUUAGAGGUGUUAUGGUACUGGAAGACCAGGCUACACCACCAGUUUCAUCUACCUCACCCUGUAUCAAAGCAGAUAUAUUACCUGUUUCUACAACCUCCGGUUCAGGUGUCACCACAUCAGCAAUAGCAACAAAACCAGCUAUGGAAACAUUUCCUGGUGAUGGAGUAAAUGAAAAAGGAGUGAGUGGACAGCCUUGUGGCCACCAUGGAUCCCAAGAUAUUCUUGUGGGUAAAGACACAGCUAAAAACUUCUCCAAUAUUUCUUCAUCCCAAGGUGAUAUUUUAAGGACUGGAGUUUCUUCAGAGCCAUGGGACAGUGAAAAUUCAGUUAUUUCAGAUCAUUUAAGUAAUCCUACCAGCUACAAAAGAGAGAGAUUGCCAGAUGAAUCACCGCAGACAGGCUUUACCAGUAACUGCCCACAGUGCAAUGCCAUUGCAACCAAAGAGCAUGAGCAGAUGGACAGCUCUUGCAAUGCUGGUAAUAGCCAUGAGGACCUGGAUUGCUCAGACAGCGAGACUGCUGUUGCAGUUGUGGACAAUUCUCUUCCUGGGGACCAGCUGUGCGAGCCCAUUAAGAUUGUCAUCACAAUGAGUACUACACCAAACACCACCCUCAGUGACCUACCGGGCUCUGUCCACUUACAGGCCCUGGAAAGUGAGAGAACAAGCUCAGCCCUGGACUCUGGUGUGGUUAGAACAGGCUGGUCAAGUCAGCAAACUAAUGAACAGCUCAGAAUCCCUGUUAUCACCUUUGACCUGUCUGAUGACAGUAAAGCUAAGCCUUGCUCAGAAGUUAGUGAAAGUGACAGAACUCCAGAAAUGUUGAGGGUAGAGAUGUCAUCCAACCAAUGCUCUGGCUAUGAAUCAGGUGAUGCAGUAAAGGAGCUCAGCAACCCAGCAAAUACACCUCUAGAAACUAACACUUGUUCAGAUCCAAAUCAGGAAAAUGCUUUGGAGAAUGUCCAGACUGUGGAUUUAAGUUCUAAGGAAGACCUGCAUAACCUAGACCCGCAGUCCUGUAGAACUGCUCAUGAAAAGAGGCACAUGCGGGUGUUGAGUGUAGACAGCGGGACAGAUGUGCUUUUAAGUAAGAAUUUUGUGGAGGUAUCUGACAAAGAAAAGACCUUACCAACCUCUAAGUCAGAUCUGGAAGCUAAAGAAGGUCAGAUUCCCAAUGAAUCUAACUUUCUGGAAUUUGUCUCCCUCUUGGAAUCCAUUAAUACCUCAAAGAUGAAGACAUCUAAUCAAUCCGCUGUCAAAAUGGAGACGACAAAGGAAAAUGGGCUUGUUGGAGAUAGCCAGAUGACGGAGAGAAAAGAAGAAAUGGUGGGAACAGAAAAGCACUGUGAGCAACUUCCUAAACAGGAAAGAUCAGAUGUACAAAGCCAAGAUCGUGCUAGUACUAGUCCGGUGCUACCAGAGUCUGCCAAAUUUGCAGCACUUUACCAGGGCAGCAGGCAAAGGCAGAUAAUCUACCGGGUAACUUCUCAGCAAGACAGUUCUGUCUUGCAAGUAAUAAGUGGACCUGAGGCGUCUGUGCAAGAUGAGCUCUCCGUGGAUGCAAUGCACGUGUUCAUAGAUGAAAACGGGGAAAUUAGAUCCUGCUAUUUAAAAGCUGGCUGUCAGAAGGAAGGAAAUUUUAGACAUCAGCUAUCAAAUUGUGAUUGUAUGUCAAAUGCUCAUGAAAUACAGUUCAGCUCCUCCAGUACAACCACUUCAGAGAGCCAAGAGCCAUCUUCUGGGGAUCAAGCAGCCAGCGCGCUUCAGCAGCAGCUCCUGCUGAUGGUGGCCAGAAGGACCCUUUCAGAAAACCCACGGCAGCCCAGCCAGGACCCCGAGGAUUCUUCUUGUUCUUCGGCACAGCGGAAGCUGAACAGGCAGUUUUACAGAUUUGUUAUAUUCCCUGGCAAGUGGAUUAAAGUCUGGUAUGAUCGUCUUACCUUGUUGGCAUUGUUGGACAGGACAGAAGAUAUAAAGGAAAAUGUGUUUGCUGUCCUUCUAGUAGUUCUUGUUUCACUUCUUGGAUUCCUGACUCUGAACCAAGGCUUCUGUAAAGACAUUUGGGUUCUGUUGUUCUGUCUUGUAAUGGCCAGCUGCCAGUAUUCUCUCCUCAAGAGUGUUCAGCCUGAUCCUGCUUCGCCAAUACAUGGACACAAUAAAAUCAUAAUCUACAGCAGACCUGUAUAUUUUUGUAUAUUGUGUGGCCUUAUUUUGCUGCUAGAUGCUGGAUCUAAAGACACAAAUCCUCCUGUUUAUACAAUAUAUGGCCUGAAGCUCUUCUCACCCAGAUCUCUCCAGUCAGCCAGAGACCAUGUAAUAGUGUUUUUAUAUUGCUUUCCUGCAAUUUCUCUUCUUGGACUUUUCCCUCAAAUCAAUACCUUCUGCAUUUAUCUUUUGGAGCAAAUAGAUAUGUUGCUUUUUGGUGGUUCUGCUGCUGCUGGGUUCGUAUCUGCACUGUACAGCAUUUCCCGAAGCUUUGUUGUUCUGAUUGUCCUAUAUGCCUUCUGCUUCAGUGCAGUGAAGGAACCCUGGGAUGCACAGCACAUUCCAGCGCUGUUCUCUGCUUUUUGUGGUCUGCUAGUUGCACUUUCUUAUCACCUCAGCAGACAAAGCAGCGAUCCAUCUGUGCUGAUGUCCCUUAUUCAGUGUAAAUAUGUCCCUCACUAUCUACGCCAACGAUUUGAAGAUUCAUCAGAAGAUCCACUCCCAGAAAAAAUGAGAGAAUCAGUGAAAGAAAUAUUGAAAUCAGAUCUCAUUGUCUGCACAGCGGCUGCUGUUCUGUCAUUUGCUGUCAGUGCCAGUACUGUGUUUCUGUCAUUAAGGCCAUUUCUCAGCAUUGUCCUGUUUGCUUUAGCGUGGACAGUGGGAUUUGUAACACAUUACAUCCUUCCUCAGCUUCGCAAGCAUCACCCCUGGCUGUGGAUCUCCCACCCCAUACUCAAAAGCAAAGAGCACCAGCAGCGGGAAGUGAGAGAUGCUGCUCAUUUGAUGUGGUUUGAAAGGCUUUAUGUGUGGCUACAGUGCUUUGAGAAAUACAUUUUAUAUCCAGCCAUAAUACUGAAUGCACUCACCAUUGAUGCUUUCUCAAUUAGUAAAUACAAGAAGCUUGGUACACACUGUGACAUUAUACUGAUAACAGUUGCUGGGAUGAAACUCCUCCGCUCCUCGUUCUGUAAUCCCAUUAAUCAAUUUGUUACUUUGAGCUUUACUGUGAUUUUCUUCCGAUUUGACUACAGAGACAUUUCAGAAAAUUUCUUGCUGGAUUUCUUCAUGAUGUCCAUUGUGUUUCACAAGCUGUGGGACCUUCUGCAGAAGUUGCAGUUCAUCAUGACAUACAUUGCCCCCUGGCAGAUUGCCUGGGGGUCAUCGUUCCAUGUUUUUGCUCAGCUCUUUGCAAUACCUCAUUCUGCUAUGCUUUUUUUUCAAACUCUGGCCGCUUCAGUCUUUUCUACACCACUGAGUCCAUUUCUGGGUAGCGUCAUCUUCAUCGCAUCGUACGCACGACCAGUCAAGUUCUGGGAGAAAAACUACAACACCAAAAGAUCGGACCAUUCCAACACCAGACUGGCAAUUCAGAUUGAAAAGGAUGCAGGGAAUGAUGACAAUAAUCUCAACUCCAUUUUUUAUGAGCAUUUGACAAGAUCUCUGCAGGAGUCUCUUUGUGGUGAUUUGAUCCUGGGCCGCUGGGGAAACUACAACACAGGAGACUGUUUUAUUCUGGCAUCGGAUUAUUUAAAUGCCUUUGUGCACUUGAUCGAAAUUGGAAAUGGCCUGGUCACCUUUCAGCUCAGAGGGCUCGAAUUUCGAGGGACAUACUGCCAGCAGAGAGAGGUGGAAGCUAUAACAGAAGGAGAUGAAGACAACGAAGGCUGCUGCUGUUGCAAGCCCGGGCACUUGCCUCACCUGCUGUCCUGUAAUGCAGCCUUCAACCUGCGCUGGCUGACGUGGGAGAUCACACGGACCCAGUACAUCCUGGAGGGAUACAGCAUCAUUGACAACAACGCUGCCACCAUGCUGCAGGUGUUCGACCUGCGCAGAAUCCUUAUCAGAUACUAUAUCAAGAGUAUAAUAUACUUUACAGCAAGUUCUCCCAAAAUCCUCGACUGGAUAAAAGACGAAUCCAUCCAAAAGAUACUGCAGCCCUAUGCAAAGUGGCAUUAUAUUGAACGUGACCUUGCAAUGUUUAAUGUUAACAUAGAUGAAGAUUAUGUUCCAUGUCUCCAAGGAAUAACAAGAGCUAGCUUCUGCAGUGUUUAUCUGGACUGGAUUCAGUUCUGUGCCAGGAAAAGGGUGGAGCACCUGGACAGUUAUGAGGAUUCUCCUCUAGUGACACUUUCCUUUGCCUUGUGUAUACUGGGUCGGAGAGCUUUGGGAACUGCAUCUCACAACAUGGCCAUCAGCUUGGACUCUUUUCUUUAUGGGCUCCACGCCCUGUUUAAAGGAGACUUCCGGAUAGCAGCAAAGGAUGAGUGGGUCUUUGCAGACAUGGAUCUGUUGCAUAAGGUUGUUGCCCCAGCAAUCCGAAUGUCUCUGAAGCUGCACCAGGACCAGUUCACAUGCCCGGAUGAGUACGAGGACCCAGCAGUUUUGUACGAAGCGAUCCAAUCCUUUGAAGAAAAGGUGGUGAUUUGUCAUGAAGGGGACCCAGCCUGGCGCAGCGCAGUCCUGUCCAACCGGGAGGAGCUGCUGACGCUGAGACACGUGGUGGAUGAAGGAGCAGAUGAGUAUAAAGUUAUCAUGCUCCACAAAAGCUACCUGAGCUUCAAGGUGAUCAAGGUCAACAAGGAGUGUGUCAGAGGGCUUUGGGCUGGCCAGCAGCAGGAACUGAUUUUCUUACGCAAUCGUAACCCCGAGAGAGGAAGCAUCCAGAACAAUAAACAGGUGUUGCGGAACUUAAUUAAUUCUUCAUGUGAUCAGCCGCUGGGAUAUCCAAUGUAUGUUUCCCCCUUAACCACCUCGUACCUUGGGACACACAGCCAACUGAGGAACAUUUGGGGGGGACCUGUCAGUUUGGACAACAUAAAAAAGUGGUUCAAAUCCAAGUGGUUAAGAAUGCGAAAGGACUGCCAUGCAGCAGCUCACCACGAGAGAGGCAACGUUGAAGAGGUGGAUAGUGGAGGGGGGUCUUCAUCUAGCAACAAUUCCACAGGGAAUUCGAGCCAGAGCAGUAGCUCACAGCCCACCAGGGAUGGAACCCCUCAGCUGCAAACUUCAUCUCAAGAGGUCCAUCAGCGGGCAGGAAGGAGAAAACCCAGGAGUCAGUCUGUCCAGGCACACACUGCUUUAAACCAAAGGCCCCCUGCUUCAAGUCACUCUGGACCAAUUGUAGAAAGCCGCCAGCCUUUCAUCCAAACAUCUACAUCUGCCCACGAAAUUGCCCAAAGGCUUUCUAGUAGCCAGCUGUCAUUCCACAACUCGGCAACAUCUGUGUUUUCUCAGUCCCCUGCUGUUCCUGUUGCUGGCCAGCUGACUGUGCAGGACCGAGCUGCAGCAAUGCUCAGGUCCAGCCUGGCCUCCUCCACCAGCUCAACUCUCAGCCUGCUGUUCGGCAAGAGAAGUUUCUCAAGUGCUUUGGUGAUUUCUGGGCUCUCGGCUGCAGACGGAGGCAACACGAGUGACACGCAGUCAUCCAGCAGCAUGAACAUUGCCAUGGGGCCGUCUGCCAGAGCAGCAAGCCAGGCAGCUCGGCAAGUCACUGAGACCUGUGAAGCAGCAGAUGCUCCGGAAGCGAGACCCCAGCGGGAGGCGGGUCCGGCCCAUGCACUAUUCAUGAGUCGGAACCUGGAGUGCAGAAGGGCCAGCCAAGAAGACAUGGCCCUGGAAGACACAGCUUCUCAGCAGAGCCUGUCUGAGGAGCAGUGAGGAGCACCCCUAGCACAAGGGCCACGCGCUUCUUCGCAUUAAAUACAGACAGAGUUAGGUCAGGAAGCUGCACAUGGGUUUAGGUUCUUUCAAAUGUGAUAAGCAACCUUCAAAUGUUUAUUUUUCUAACUUCUACACAGGAUUAUUACAGGGCGGAUGCUCUUCAGCUAAUGGCCUUGGCAGGGGUAGGGUUGGAAAAUACUCUAAAAAACACACAGUGCCACUUCAUCUCAGGUUCUUGUAAAUCCUUGAACAAUGAAUACAACCUGUUUAACGUUCCUUCCCCCAGAAUCACAAAUUAAUACAGUAGGAAAUAUUAAAAUAACUCGGUGAAAAGCACACAAAAGACAUCUCUUUCCUGCCAUAAUUAAACAGCUGAUUGCAUGCAAACUAACUGAAAUUUGGUAUAUAACAUAUAGCAAAAGGCAACUAAGAACAGAAGCAAUGAAUACAUAAAAGGGCAGUACAGUGUCCUGUAACACUAGAGCUAAGUCUAUUUUUUUUCCAACGGCAAAUCUCAUUUGUCUUUGACAUGUUAUGCAGGUGCUAAUGCUGAAUAGCAACACAGCAUUUCUGACUGAUACUGCAUGCAGCCAUACUGAAAUAUUGUGUGAACGAGUCACUCUACACCAAUUAACAAAAGUCGAAUGUAAGAAAAGAAAGUAUCCAGUGCAUGGAAAGUCUUCAAAGCAUAUGGUGCACCUUAUUUGCAAAGCAGCUUUGCAUAAAUUAGGUAUUAUCUCGUGCUCCUGUUUGGUUUACAGCAGUGUUUCUCAAAUGCUAAGCAACAGUACCCUUAGGAGUCACAAAAGGGCCAUGGGAAUCCUCCUCAAGGACAGAAAAGUGCAAAGCAGGCUGUAAUUACUGUCUGGAAGUGUUUGUGUUAGGAAAGGAACAGCUAAAUACCUUUAAUUGCUGGACACAGCUCACUGUCCAUAAACACUUGUAGCCAGUAAUUACAAAGCCUUCUGAAUUCCCUCCCCUAGAGAAAACUGAGCUGCUGCCAAUAAAGACAGAUGAUAUAAAAAGGGAGGCCAUGCCUUCACAAGGUUUGAGAAGCACUGAUUUACAGGAAUGCGUGACUACUUUGAAACCCAAAAGGCUACAACAAAUCCUUCCUCUACCAUAGAGCCUAAACAAACAUGCGUGUGGUUUUUUUCAAUUAAAAAAAUUGCAGCUAUCAGUGUCUUGCUGUUCCUCUUUACUCUAACUACCAUAGAUUGUUUCUAAAUCUCAACAGAAUGAUGUGCAGCCAGGCUGUCUUGUCCCAAUUAACAAGAUUUAACAAGAGAUGCUGUAGCUAAGUCUCAUUACUGUUAGGCAAUACUCAGUUGCAUUCUGAGCUUCCUACUGUGCCACACUUCAGAUCUGAGUAGUAGAACUAAAUAAGGCUGAGUGAAAAUAAAAUGAUCCAAGUAUGUUUUGUGUGGCAGCAGUUUCUGGGUGUUCUAUUUGUUUUCACUUGUGUUCUGCUUUAAAAAAAUUAAGAAACCUAUUCUUUUUUUAGUUCAGAUCUUGAUGAGUUGCUUAUUAAUAAAGCUUAGCACAAUCUAGGAAAAAUUCUGCUCAUGUUCACAAUGACAAAAGCAGAGUAUUCAUAUACAGCCCUCUAGACACAUGGUCAUCUGUGCAGUUCAGGCCCUACUAAUGUCUCUUCUAGCAUCCAGGUGAGAUGUGGAAGAGGAAAUUGAAUUCAGCUGCUCCCUUGUGACAGAUGAUGACUCCUGUCCCAGCACACUGUUCAUGAAGUGCUUCACAGCAAAUGAAGAAUGGAGGUUUUACAGGUAGGCUCCUAUAAACAGCCACCAGCCCCAUUUCUGCUUUGGGGGCUUUUGCGUGGCAGUCCACAGGAUAAACCAUCCCUGCUUCGUCUUCCUGUGUGGAGGCAGGGCAAUCAAGUGACUCUGGAAAGCACCAAGAACUUUCCCAUAUUCACCUAGCAUUACUUAGGCCUCCAAUUUUCACAUCAUUAAGUUUGAAUCAAUUUCCAUCAAAAGUAAGUAAUUCUACUAGUCCAAAUCAACCUAAAUUAUUCUGCAUAUCCAACUCAAGUGUACUAAACCAGCCUGGGGAAUGACUGCACAAAUUCUUUCAGCAGCAACCAUUGUAUUUGCUUAGCAAGGAUUGAGGCCCAGUGACAGCACCUUCCCCCAGCACCAUAUCUUCUGCAAGACUUCACCACCUCCAUGGCCUCUGGUACUGCAUCCUAAAAUAAUGCAGCUGCCUCACAGUUCCUGACUUAGUCCAAACUCCUGCUGCACAGGGUGGCUGCCAGAAGGGGCAGGUUCUAAUGCCUUUGUGGAGUCACAGCGAGCAAGCACGGCAAUACAGGAGUCAAGGUAAGAUUCAAAAAUCAGUUCCUUUUUUGUAGCCAUGUCUUACAGUUUUAAUUUUGCCCUAAAGUUGCUAGUGUAGCAUAGUGGGUUGAAAAAAACCUGAGUGACCACUAACAAGCAUAACAUAGGAAAAAAAUAAUCACAAUGGGCACAAACUCUCCCAUGUUACAUCUCUCAGUAUUUUUGGAGACAGCCUGCUCUUAGUAAUAAGACUACUGCUAUAUGCAGCAGUUUUAAAUAUGAGCCAGUCCUACAGAAUAAUCCGACAUAAUGGUUAGAAAUGAAACCUGCAACUAGGCAUGAGGUUGUAUUGAUUACACACAUCUUAGACUUCCCCCAUUUUUGCAUGAGGUAGAGAUACCCCCAGUUAACUGUGCUGCGACAGAACGUUCAUUUAGGGCUCUGAUGCACACCAAGCCAAUAAAUAGGAACCUAACCUUUACAGAAGGCCUGAUUUGAACAAUGAGCUGCUCCAAACAGCUCUGCAUAACACCAAAAGGCUCAGCACCAGUGCCUGCACACACAUGAAGGCUUUGAGUCAUCCCUUUAUUCCUGAAAAACAGCUUGAUGCUUAACCUCGCACAUGAGGUGCCUCAGAGUUGCAAGAUGGAAGUAUGCCACUUUGGGGGCAGGUUUUGGCCUUUAAAUGAAAAUCAUAUGCAAUUUCCAUUACUUUUAUGUCAGCUGUGACUCUGCUGAUGGGUUUCACAAUGCUGAAUACUGUUAAAACUUGGCCCUAAAGUUGCUCAGGCUUAACAGUCUGCCUACAUGUCUGAUCUCUUGCUACAGCUGUGAUGCAGGAAGGAUGUCACCACAUAAGGACCUUUUAUCAAGAGUUCCACCAGGGUUUUUCGCAUCAGGUGCUACGUUUUUCCAGAGCUGCGGAGGCCACUUACCUCAUUCAGCCGCUCCAGAAUGUUUCUGUUUUUGCAGCAUGAAAACAGUGACAUUCCCAUCUUAUUAACUGAAUACAUCCUUUGAGGAAAUCAAAUGUUCAAUCCACAAGACCAUUUGUACAUGCAGUUCUUUCAUAGAAAAGUCAGAAGGGAUGAAGAGAUGGAGGCCUUUUCUGCCUCCCCCCAGCUUAACCUCAGAUAGCAUCACCACAGCUGAAAAGAAACACUAGGAGUGAUUUCAUCCACACUCAGCAACCAGAGAGGAACACGAACAAUACAGUAGGUUACAGCAGGGAAGAUAAUGAGUAUAUGGUGAAACAAGCACAAACAGAGCACUUUGCACUGAGCAGAGGAUACUUACCUCCCUCAUAUUUUGUUUUCCUAAAAAUUCCUUUCCCAAAUUGGCUCUUGUUUGCAUCAUAUAGUAAAAGCCAGUUGCUACACUCGUAAUGGUCAAGCAUGGCCUGAUGAUCUGGCAAGAAGACUUUCAGUAACUUUUUACUAAGGCCAAGCACACUGCUGACAUCCACCAGGAACACUGGCAAGCCUCAGCCUGGCCUUCAGCCCAGCUGUUUCCUACCACAGCAAGCAAGUAGGAGGCAGUGAUGGACAUAGUCUGUGAAGUGCAUUCCUGUUCAUCCAAAAAUAAAAACCAGAGGUGCUGGCUGUUCCCUCCAUUUUGUACUAUCAUUGUGAGGAACUGAAGUUCUUGUUGCAAAGUCUCACCUCAUUCCCACAGGCAGUAAAUCUUGGCCCUCACUCCACUGAAGACAAAUCUCAAUAAAAAGGACUUACCAAUGUGAUUUUUUUUUUCCCCUUGACAUGAUGACUAGAUACUUUGAAUAUCUAUGAAUGACAUUAUGACACUAUUUAGUUCUUAGGACUCUCUGUGAUGUCAUUCACAGUUUUUUAUAAAAACUGCUUAUUAGAAUAAGGGAAGAAAUGUCAUUUGCAUUUGUCUCCAGCCCACCAACUGAUGGCUCUUCUCUUACUGGAAAAUUUUAAAUUUAAAAAUGAAUUUUGUGCAGCUCAUUAUAGAAGAUUAGAAUUACAAGUGAGAUUCUCCAGCAUGUGAUAAUCAUCUUCUCUUCAAUAUAUUUUUUAAAAAUACCCAAUUAUUGCCAUAUUUAGAUUUCUCCCUGGAUUAGGAGCUGGUAUUUAAUUACCAUGUUUCACUAGUGCUUGUACAUCCUUAAAUCUGCAACACAGACAUAAUACUUAUAAUUAACUUUGCAGUAGGUCCAGUACCAAGGAUUCACCUUUCUCAUUCAGUUUUACAAGUCAAAAAUUGCCUAAUGCAUAAUAAAUAAUGCAGGCCCUACUUAUUCCAUGCUGCGUGCAAUUUUAUGUUGGAAUUACAAGACUUGUUGCCAAAAACAUCCUUGAUUCUCAGGCUUCGAGACAGUAAUUGGUACCUCACAUUCUCCUCUUUUUUGCACCAAUUAAAACCUGCAGGUGCACUAAUGUUGUCAUCUAGAAUCUAGCUGGUACAUCAAAGGUGCUUUUCACCAAAUGUGUGCUAUUAAUAAAAUUGGCCCAUCAGAGGAAUUGUGAAUGCUGUUUGCUGUUGCAAUGCUCUCAAGGCCUUCCAAGUAUUUUAAUAGUGCAAGACCAGACAAUAAAUUUUUACCUUUAAAGUAUACACAGGUUGUCAUAAAAACUUAUAUGCAGUUGGAAACACAACUUUCUCACUCACUCAAUGUGUAUUUGAAACAGGCAAAUCGUAUCUUCAGGACCAUCUGAAGAUUUAAAGGCCAGACAUUACUGUUAAGGUCAUGUACAUUCUCCUGCUGAACACAGAUCACAGAAUCUCUCUUUAUUUCUCUUGAAAAGCACUCUAGCUCAGAGAGUAAACAGGCUUAAAAAAGGGACAACAAAUUAAUGACACUCACCGAUCUUGAGAUAGACAGGAAAACAAGAGACACUGAUGUCAGCAGCAAAAAUAUACAUUAGUUUAAAAGGGCUGAUAUUUCACUCACAGUUCCAGAGAAGGAAAAAUCCAUCUGCAUUUUCUCAGGACUAUCUAGCCUGAGUACAAAAGGUCUUCCUUGAACCAUGUGACAAUGGGUUAAAAGUACUAUAAGCACUGUUCAAAAGUUUCCCAAACUUUUUGUUGCAAUUGUUUGGGGUAAUUGUUGCAAUUCCCCCCACUCUACUAAAUGAUGGGAUUACAGUAGGCAUCAUGGCACUAUAUGCAGGGCAAGGUAUCUACUUUUAUGGGAAAUAAAUACCACUUUAACUGAUCUCUCAGUAAUUCUGGCUGAACUGGUAUUCAGAAGUCUGACUCCUAACAGAACUCCCCUCCUCAGCCUAUACCAGAGAAGUGUCAAAUCUCCAUUUUAUCAUUAGCUUUAAAGGUCAGUCCUCAUUUAAGACUCAACAGCAGUCCCACUAAAACUGUGCUAGAUUUUGGGUAACUCUUUAAUCAUUGAAAGAACUAUUCUUCUGCAGCAUAUUUUACAGCUUAAGAGACUUAACCUUCAAACAGGAGGGCAUCCAAUGCUUAGGUGCAGAGAGGUUGCUGCUCAAACACCUAUGGCAUACUGCCCUGACAAAGUUUACUUUGGUCCCAAGUCCUCCACAUCUAAAAAGGCAUUUUGUCUGAGUAGAACGUCUGAAGUAAUUAAGGGAUUAGUGUGCCUUUAGGGCACAACCUCAUUCUGCAAAAAGCAGCCAGGAGCUGUACAUUGUCAAGUGGAGACCCUAAGAGGAGUUUUUUUUCCCCAAAUACAAUGAAGAGAGUACCACCAUCCAAAUGGAUUUGGGCAGAUGGGUAGUCCUAAAAAGGCAGUGGAGGAAUGAGCCCAAGGCAUCCUUUAACCCCUGUGGAGGUGCAACGCUUGUACCAGACCCUUGUUCUGUAUACAGGAGAGAAAAAGGACAUUCCCUCCGUGCUCCUAGAAGGUGUUUGCAGGGCAUGUGUAAAAAUACCUGUCCCCAUCCAGCCCUAUACAACUCUGGGUGUCAGUUUCACAGAAAUAAAUCAAGAAAAUGAUACUUCAAGAUACCUCUAAAUAGUUUACUCAUUUUAACUGAAUAGAAAAUAAGAAACAACUGAA